AUGUUCCUGAGCCUUGGUGAGGGGCCUGUGGCUGAGGGUGGGGGGCCGGCCCCCUGUGAGGAGGCCCCCAAGAAGCAGCACCGGAGGAACCGCACCACCUUCACCACGUACCAGCUGCACCAGCUGGAGCGGGCGUUCGAGGCCUCCCACUACCCCGACAUUUACAGCCGCGAGGAGCUGGCAGCCAAGGUGCACCUGCCGGAGGUGCGGGUGCAGGUGUGGUUCCAGAACCGUCGGGCCAAGUGGCGGCGCCAGGAGCGUCUGGAGCCCGGCUCUGGGGCUGUGGCAGCCUCGAGGCUCCCUGAGGCCCCAGCACUGCCCUUUGCCCACCCUCCGACCAUUCCACUGCCUCUGGAGCCCUGGCUGGGCCCCGGGCCCCCUACCAGGCCAGGCCUCACUCACCUCCUGGGCCCAGCCCCAGGGCUGCAGGCAUCCUUCGGGCCUCACGCCUUUGGUCCAGCCUUCAUGGAAGGCUUCCCUCUGGAGGAGGCAUCCAUUCGGUUUCUGGCCAAGGAGCACGCACAGGCUGUGGACAGGGCCUGGCCAUCGGCUUGA